CCCGCCCCGACUGCGCAGCCGGGGGCGCCCCCACCUCUCUCCCCCCGGGCCGGGGAGCCGGGGGGCAGCGCCGGAGCCCGGGGGGAGCGCGGCCCCGCCGGCCGGCCGGCCCGGGCUGGGGGCAGCUAGGACGGCCCCGGUCCAGGUGGAGGCCGCAGAGGGCCCAGGGCAGGCAGGGGCAGCGAUGAUUGGUCCUGACGGUGGCUGAGCCCCCAGGCCCUGGAAUAUGCAGCCCGGGGGAGCCCCAGGCAGCGGCGAGGACGCGGUGGCGGAGCCGGGCGGGAGGCAUGGUCUCCUAUCGGGUGGCCGUGCUGGGGGCGCGAGGCGUGGGCAAGAGUGCCAUCGUGCGCCAGUUCCUGUACAACGAGUUCAGCGAGGUCUGCGUGCCCACCACCGCCCGCCGUCUCUACCUGCCUGCUGUCGUCAUGAACGGCCACGUGCACGACCUCCAGAUCCUCGACUUCCCGCCCAUCAGCGCCUUCCCUGUCAACACGCUGCAGGAGUGGGCAGACGCCUGCUGCAGGGGACUCCGGAGCGUCCACGCCUACAUCCUGGUCUACGACAUCUGCUGCUUUGACAGCUUUGAGUACGUCAAGACCAUCCGCCAGCAGAUCCUAGAGACGAGGGUGAUCGGCACCUCGGAGACGCCCAUCAUCAUCGUUGGCAACAAGCGGGACCUGCAGCGCGGACGCGUGAUCCCGCGCUGGAACGUGUCUCACCUGGUGCGCAAGACCUGGAAGUGCGGCUACGUGGAGUGCUCGGCCAAGUACAACUGGCACAUCCUGCUGCUCUUCAGCGAGCUGCUCAAGAGCGUCGGCUGCGCCCGCUGCAAGCACGUGCACGCUGCCCUGCGCUUCCAGGGCGCGCUGCGCCGCAACCGCUGCGCCAUCAUGUGACGCCGCAGCCCCGGCAGCCCGGGCGGGGAGCGGGGCGGGCCGAGGACUCCGACGGUCGGGCCUGCAGCC